CUCCCUUCAAGGGUUCAAUCUUCCUCUGGUCUCGAUCUGAAUCUCUCUCUCUCUCUCUCUGGCAGGAAACAUAAAAAAAAAAAAGACGGAAUCUAGUUAGGGAUUUUGUAAUGGCGAACACUGCUUGCUUUAUGAUUGUGGCUCGGAAUGAUAUUCCCAUCUAUGAAGCUGAAGUUGGAUCUGCUGCUAAAAGAGAAGAUGCGGCUCAACUGCACCAGUUUAUAUUACAUGCCGCGUUGGAUGUCGUCCAAGACUUAGCAUGGACUACAAGUGCCAUGUUCUUGAAGUCUGUCGACAGAUUCAACGAUCUGGUUGUCUCAGUCUAUGUUACUGCAGGUCAUACUCGUCUCAUGCUCCUUCAUGAUUCACGUAAUGAGGAUGGCAUCAAGAGCUUCUUCCAGGAGGUGCAUGAGCUUUAUAUAAAGAUUCUUCUGAAUCCCUUGUAUCUGCCUGGUUCUCGCAUCACAUCGACGCAUUUUGACACCAAGGUACGUGCACUAGCAAGAAAGUACCUCUAGAGAAGACCGAGAUUCUGUCUUCCAGCUCAAUUUCCUUGGUCCCAUAUCGCAAUUGUUUCGUCUUUGAUUGUUAUCCAGCCUCUACUUUCUUUGUAAUAUCGAAAAUAUUUGCUAGUAAACAUAGAAUGAAAAAGGAAGAGUUUUCUUUGCAACGUGCAUUAGGGUAAUAUCCAAAACAAUUGUUUCAUGCGUAUGUAUUUUUCUGAGAUGUGUUUCAGUGUCAAACAUUGCUGGUGUUCUCGUUGUUUA